UUUCCAUUCCUUUCAUUUUAUCUAACUGUUUGAGUUUGGAAAAUGGCAGCUUCCUGUUUUUACGAUGUAUUCUUGUCUUUCAGCGGUGUUGAUUCUCGCAAGAAAUUCACCGGCCACCUCUUGGCUGCUUUGGAUCGCCAUGGUUUUUGUACAUUCAGAGAUGACACCAAACUCAAAAGAGGAGAAGAAAUUGGUCCCGGAUUGCUCAAAGCAAUUGAGCAAUCUAAGAUUUCCGUUAUUGUAUUCUCAAAAAAGUAUGCGUCCUCACGUUGGUGCCUUGACGAGCUUGUCAAGAUCAUGGAUUGCAAGAGCACACUCAAUCAGAUUGUUAUUCCCAUCUUCUAUGAUGUCCAACCCUCUGAUGUUCGCUCACAGAAGGGUUGUUAUGCACAAGCAUUUGCCCAUCACGAAAACCAUUUCGACUUGGAAUCGGUGAAGAAUUGGAGAUCAACUCUAGCUAAGGCUGCCAAUUUGUCUGGCUACGUCCUGCAAAAUGUGGCCAACGGGUCUGAGUCAACAUUUAUUGAGACAGUUGUGGGAGAAGUCGCAGAUAAAUUAAAUCCUACCUGUUUAAGUGUUGCGGACUACCCAGUUGGAAUACACUAUCGUGUACAAAAAUUGAGUGGGUUUCUAAAGUUGGGGUCAAAUAGUGAUGAUGUUAGGAUUGUUGCCAUAUGGGGGAUUGGUGGAAUAGGUAAGACCACAGUGGCUAAAGCGUUGUUUAAUCGCAUACAUCGUACUCGUGAGUUUGAAGGCAGUAGCUUUCUUAGAGAUGUUAGAGAAACUUCGAUGCAACCCAACGGCCUUAUUAAAUUACAAGAGAGCCUUCUCUGUGAUCUCCUGAUGGAUAGAAAUCAGACAAUAAGAAGCGAGGAUCAUGGAAUUGAGGUGAUAAAACGACGAGCAUGGUGUCGAAAGGUUCUUCUUGUUCUCGAUGAUGUGGAUAACAUCCGCCAAUUGAGGGCAUUAGCUAUAAAUCGUGAUUUGUUACGUCCCGGAAGUAGAGUCAUACUAACAAUUAGAGAUUUGUCUUCAACAACUUCGCUUCAAGUCGAUGAGGUGUAUAAGAUCAAGAAGUUGAAUGGGGAGGAAUCUCUUCAACUCUUCAGUUGGCAUACCUUUAGGAGAGAUCAUCCUGUAGAAGACUAUGAGAGCCUCUCUAAGGAAGUAGUGAGUUAUUCUAACGGACUUCCUUUAGUUCUUGAAAUUUUAGGUUCCCUUUUGUCGAACAGAGACAUGCUUGAAUGGAGAAGUGAAUUGGAGAAGUUGAGAAAGAUUCCUCACAAGGAUGUUCAAGGAAAACUUACGCUAAGCUUCGAUUCACUUGAUGACAAACUAAAGGGUUUAUUCUUACAUAUUGCAUGUUUUUUUGUUGGAAUGAACCAAGAUUUGUUAAUCAAAAUAUUAAAAGGUUGCGGUUUCUUUCCAGAAUCUGGAAUUGGGGUUCUAUCUCGUCGUUUUCUUGUCAGAAUUGAUGGGGAUAACCGGCUGAUGAUGCAUGAUCUUAUUCAAGACAUGGCUAGAGAGAUCGUCCGCCAAGAAUCUCCUGAAGAGCCAGGCGAACAUAGUAGAUUGUGGUAUCAAGAAGAUGUUCUCGAUGUAUUGAGAAAUAACACUAUAAGAGCCCAGUGCCUAAAUUAUUUACAUAUUUUGUUACAUUAAAAAUGCAUUAGCACACAGCACAUCAUGAAAGUCACACAAUCUGAGAUGUGAACCUAUUUUCAACACAAUGUCACAUACAUACAUACACACACACACAUAUAUAAAUAUAUAUACUUAUAUUUGCAACUUUUUAUUAUCAUAAGGGGACGAAAGCAAUUCAAGGCUUGGUCCUGAACUUGCCAGAAUCCGAGGAGCUACAACUAAAUGCGAAGGUCUUUACAGAGAUGGUGAGGCUGAAAGUGCUUCAUCUCAAUUAUGUCGAUCUAAGUGGAAGCUACAAACAUCUCUCUAGAAGACUUGUAUGGCUAUGUUGGAAAGGAUUUUCU